AUGCCCUUCCACCAGACCAUAUCCUCUAGUACCCAGAGCACCCCCGGCUAUCCGGAAGAGAUUCUUCGAACCCCACAUCAAACCCUCUCCGCCGAUGUGGCCGAAUUCAAGCCGAAAGGUUACGAACCUGACGAUGGAUCGAAUAGACUGGCGAGUUUCUUAUCCAACGUCGCAGAGCUCAUCUUCCCUACCGCCAAUCCCGACUCGAUGGCCCAUGGUCUCGCAUCGCCUAUCAAAAUGAAAGAACGUAUCCCCAAGGGGAUCUCGGGCCAAACGCAGAUUGCCACUGACACUUUGUGUCUGACCGAUCUCCAUUGGUGGACUACUCAAGUUCAUUUGCUCCAAGCUGCUUACGAAGCGGGCGUGAUUCUUCGUCGUGACGAUAUCACCACUACCGAACACAAGGUCAAUGGUAAGACUAAAGGAACCGUCUUCCUCUGUUGUCACUCAACCGCCAAUGCUAUCAAACUGUUCGAAUGGUUUCGUCUGAACGUUUUCCAAGGGAAGAGACUUAGUCCGACGUUCGUUCCUGGCAAUGCGGCACAGAUCCAUAAGAUUCCCGCAGGAAACACUCAUAGACCUCUGAUCUCAACCGUCUUGGCAACCCACCCACCGACCAAUGCCCAUGGAGGUAUCAACUUCAAUCGUCUCCGUCCUCACAGUCGCAUCCAGAUCCAACAAGCUAUGGGCCUCGGUCUAGGUCGUCCCACCGCUCCGAGGGAUGGCGGAAGGGGAUUAUACGAUAGAUUUACCAAGAGCGAAUACAACCGCGGUUGGCCACAUGAUUCUGAAGGUGAAUUCCAUAACAGGGCGUAUCUAACCAGCGACGGAACGAUGCGUACUAGACACAUUGGUGCUGUUUCCAUCAUGUUGAGCAUGUUGAGUGUGUUUGGUCAAGACGACGGGUCAGAGAGCGUCUCCUCUUCCGCCACUUGGACAUCUUCCACCCCUUCCAGCUCAGUCCCAGCGGCUAUCGAGACGGGAACAGGAGGACUCAACGUCACAGCAUCCAACACGACCAUGAAAACCGAAGGGAAUGGGACGGUUGACUCGUCGGUCGGAGGAGCCAACGGAACGGGAAAUAGCACCGAUGGUUCUGCUUCCGCAGCAGGCAGGAGGUGGGAUGAAUGGAUCGGAAUGGGCGUUUUGGGAGUGGUAGGUAUGGGAGUUGGUGUCAUUCUUUGA